AUGGAACAAAAUAGAAAGGAAUCCAAGCUGCUAAAGUUAACAGAUGGAUUGCUCCCCCCAUUAGAUAUGUUCAAAGCCAACUGGGAUGCUGCCAUUGAUAAAGUCAAUUCAAGGGUGGGGAUUGGUGUAAUUGUUAGGAACUCAGAAGGAGCUGUUAUGGCAUCCUUAUGUUCUUCGAUGGACCUGCUCCCGAAUCCACUUCUUGGUGAGGCCAUAGCAGCUCGAAGAGUCUCUUCCUUCUGUGCAGAUCUGGGUCUUCAGCAUAUAAUACUCGAAGGUGAUUCCCUUUUGGUGGUGAAGGCAAUCCAAAACAAGGAAGAUAGUUGGAGUGAUUCUGGCCUUGUUAUUAGAGAUAUUAAGAUUUUGCUUUCUAAGUUCCUCUCUUGGUCUGUCUUAUAUGUCCAUAGGGAAGUUAAUGUAAUUGCACAUCACUUGGCAAAAUUUGCUCUUAGCUGCCAAGAGGAUUGCAUAAUGAUCGAGGACUGUCCCCCUUGUAUCAAGCAACUACUUUGA